AUGCGUUUCCUUGUCAACUCAGUUUUCCUGUAUGCUUGUGAAACAUGGACCCUGAGUGCAGAAUUAGAGAAGAGGAUCCAGGCCUCAGAAAUGAGAUGCUUUAGAAGACUGAUUGGCAUCUCCUACAAAGACCACAUAACCAAUGAGGAAGUCAAAAACAGAAUAAGGCAAGCCAUUGGUCCCACAACCAAGAGGCGCAAAUACAUUAAAGUACAUAUCGGUACAGUCGCUGAGAAAAAGGUGUUGAUAAAGAAUAUGACGUCUUAUUCACGCUUAAGCUACUUAUACACCAGCCCACCCAAGCCGUUCAACUACACGACUGUCCCGCGAGUAGUUGAAGAAAACUCCAAGAGCCAUCCAGACCAAGAGAUAUUCAUCCUAAGGCGGCUAGAUGGAUCCAGGGCAAGCCUUACCAAUACAAGUCUACACAACCAGGCAAGCCAGCUCGCCAGGUACCUGGUUUCUACAGGAAUACAGAAAGGUGACAGGGUCGCUCUCAUUGGUCCAAAUACACUGGAUAUGGUUAUUGCUUAUGCUGGAAUACUGUGCGCUGGAGCAGUUGUGUUGAAUAUUAACAUUGAUACGAAAACUGCCAAGGAUGCACAUGAAAUUCUUAGAUUAACGGACACAAAACUUGUCAUUGCAGAUUCAGGAGAACAAAAUGAACUGUUUCCAGCUGUUAAAGUUAUGUUACAGCAUCCUAGUAUCCAAAGAGAUAAUGAGAAAGUACGUGACAAGAUAAAAGUUUUACUGCUUCGCAUUAUCGAUUUAGAUGGAUUUUAUCACACGGAGACUCUGGAAAACGUUGCAGCAAUAGACUUGACACAAAUGAUGUUGCCAGAUACAUCUCCAGAAGAGCCAGCUGUGAUUUUCACCACAUCUGGAAGCACAGGUAAACCCAAGAUGGUUGUCCAUACCCAUUACAAUAUGGCUUGUUAUCCAUUCUCUUGGAUUCCUGAUGUCGAAUAUGAAAUCAUUGACUACAACGACAGACCUUUUAGCUGGAUAGGUGGUUCUCCCGUUUUUCAUAUGCUUCUACGCAGGACAAGAGUUUUAAUGGACGCUUUUGCAACAAUAAAUGGCAAAAACACAGAAUUCUUGUGGAAAAUAAUGAAAGAAGAAAGAUGCACAGAUGCUCUUUUGUUCCCGUACAUUAUCCGCGAUCUUCUUGAUCUACCACUGUGUAAUACUGAGGAUGGCUACAGACUCAAUCACAUUUCCACCGGGGGCCAGAUUAUCGACAGUCUAUAUACAAAGAUCAUGGAAAGAUUCUCUCAACAUCUUGUCAUUGUGUACGGCUGUACAGAAGCCAUGGCUGCAAAUAUGUACGGACCAUUAAGCAGAGGGGACACUUUGAUACCAGGAGAAGUCGGUCAGCCUUAUCCUGGAGUUGAGGUACGUAUUGUGGAUGAGAAGGAUCACCCUGUACCUUUGGACACUAUUGGGAUGGUGCAGUUGCGGGGUCCUUAUUCCACGAAGGAAUACUUUGGAAAUCAGCUGCUCACGGCGAAUUCAUUUUCAUACGGUUCUUGGUUUAAAACUGGAGACAUCGGUAAAAUAAGCUGUGAUCGGAGCCUCAUUAUUAUUGGAAGAGAAAAAGAUGUCAUAUCUAGAGGUGGUCGAAAGAUAUAUCCCGGUCUGUUAGAAGACUUGGUCAAACAAAUUCCAGCCAUCAAGUAUGUAUGCGUUGUGCCCGUCCCCGAUAAAAGGUUGUAUGAAGAAAUUUGCAUCUGCUUUGUGAGCAUGUCUGAACUUACUACGGAGGAAGUCAAAGACUUCUGCACGAAAACCCUUUUCGCUGAAGGCACACUUGAUGGCCUUGGUGUAAUGCCUGCUUACUUCCUGAAGUUUGAAAAGUUCCCUUCAUUGUCGAACGGGAAACCUGAUAAAAAGGCCAUUCGAAGUGAAGCUAUCAGUCGUUUAAAUAUAUCCACAGAUUAA